AUACAACUAAGAUUUAGAUGUAUAAACUGUUUCAUAACAACUUCUAACGAGUUACUCCCCGUUACCUAUAUCGUACAUCUUUUUCAUGAUAUCUCAGUUGUACAGUUGUACGUCAGUUCGCGAUUGAUAGCCGGAGUGAAAACUUGUCCGCUGCAAUAAUAUUACGGUAUGAUUUAAGCUACAAGCAGAAGGAGAUAUUGUGUAUUGAUUUGCCAUUCCGGAGACUAUUUAAUAGUGUCGUCUGCUGAUAUAUUUGGAUUGUUUGCUAUGAAAGUUAAAUAGUUAGAAAAAUAUUGAAAUAUCAUAUCAUAAUUAAAGUGCCAACAAAAAUGACUUGUGUUUUGUCAAUGCAAGCGUUGUACACGAAUCCAUUUAGUGAGGGUGAUACAGAUGUGCAAAAUAAUGGAUGUGAAAGUUUUAAUUUUAAUUGGAUAAAUAUUCCUCGUCCACAUUCCGGAUUAUCAGAUAAUCAAAUAUGUCCCACUUCAUGCCAUAUAGAAGCAAGCACGAGUUCAUCGAUUUCGUGCCAAAUGGAAAUUCCAAAUGUACCAUGUGAAAGCGUCAAACAUGACCAAUUUGGUGUUUAUACCGAAGAUAGUAUAAAAACAGACCUUAAAUCAACUGACACGGAAAAUGAUGUUUCUGCAAAUGGUAAACAAUGUGUAACAGAUUUGUUUGAAAUAGGCAACACGACAGACGUGGAAUUUGGUGACGGUCACAUGCAUAUGAAAAAGCACGGAGUGAAAAGAAAAGCGGAAGUUACCGAAUCCGAAGAAGUCUAUAUUCCAUCUAAACGAGUCUCACCGUUCUUAAACACGCCCAAAGAAAGAAAAGACGAAAGAAAGAAAAUUCUGAAAAUGUCAAUUAAAAAAUUAAAACAGUUAGAUGACCCUGAAGUAUUUCUUAGAAGAACAGUACUUGUUAACAAUAUAACGAAACGCCUACAAAAGGAAUUACGACAAGACAAACUUAGAAAUAAAAUAUAUGCAACAAAUAAGAGAAAGUAUUUCAGCGGAUAUUUUGUACCCACCAACAACUGUAUGUCAGACACUUACUUGUUUGAUGAUCCUUUUCUGAGUGGAAUUCAUCAGAAAAUUACAGACGAUAUGACAGACACACUCAUUAAAAACGUGUUUCUUGAUAAAACAAAUGACAAAACUGAGGAAUCUGAUGAAAUGUCAGACAUGUUAUCCAGUAAAAUGGAAGAUACUGUGGCGGGCGAACAGUCGUGUGUUGACUCAAGAACUUUUACACCUUUAAAUGUCGCAGAAGACAAUUCAAACAAUUCAACCGAAAGUGCUAUUGAUAAAAAUACCUCUGUAAUGCAAUCCAGUAAAACGUGUAGUAGUUUGACUUGUUUAUGCAAUAUUAAAGACACGCAGGAAAUGCCUGCAGACAUGUCUCCAUCAUUAAAUGUGGCAAGCGGGCAUGUGAACAGUAUGGUAGAGAAUUUCAUAAAUACCUGCAAUGAUAAAAGUGAAACAGUGCAUACAGCUGAAAGGGACACUAACGUUUUAGAAAGCAUAGCAUUACCGACAAGUUAAAUGCAAAACGUGCACGGGAUGUGAUAUGGUACAUCUAGCCAAGCUAGGAAAGCUUAAGACAUUAGAUAUUCAAACAAAUUGUAUAGACACUGUUCAAAUUAAUCAAUGCACAGAGAAAUGUAAUUUAUACUUGGCUUCACAAGGUGCAAUAAAUGAACGUAACUGUAGCGUACAUAAUUAUGUCGGAACUUGAAAACAAAUUGGACCAGAAGACAUUAUUGCAUUCCUCCAACCCAUUUUGAUCUUACACACAAUUGUGAUAUUUUUUUAAAUACAUUGGACGAGAGAGAGAGAGAGAGAGAGAGAGAGAGUACUAUUUUUAUGAAAUGAUAACAAGGGGUUAUGUAAUGACAGAAAUCUAAGAUAUAUCUGAUCUGAAAAUGGUUCAAUAAUUGUACAGUGUCUCUAUAGUUACUAUCGUUUAUAAUGUUAAAAAUAACUAACAAGCCAUGAACAAGCCGCUUAGGCUGAAACUGUCAUUGUAACAUUCCUUUAGAAAGUGCACAUCCUACUUGACUGCUAACUUUACGCACAUAGGUUGAUUUGCCAGAUGAAACUAGUAUGAAAAUGUGUUCGUGUAAAAAAAACAAAGUAGCACGUUAACCCACCGACCAUUCACCGACCAGAUCAUGAAGUGAAGUUAUUUUCCUCCAGUUGGCGAGGCUGCAACUAUCAGCAAUAUACAUUUCCGCUAUUUCCGAGCUGUAACAUGUUGUUUUAUAUAAUUGUACCUUGUUUCUGCUAUUUACACCAGAAAAACAUGUGUUGUAUGCUACGCGGCAAAUUGAUUUGCGUGAAAUGACAUUUAUGAAACUUUUAUGUCCAUUUUACGAGCAAGAUAUUCCUUCGCUUAAUAUGUUGAAGUCUUCGGUAAUUAUAUUGAUAUAUUCACAUUAAAUUUGCAUAAUUUAUGUUUUCAUAGUCUGUUUUUCAUAGUCUGUGUUCAGACCCUAUGUUUUGUUAAGGUAUUAGAUCACUAAUAGAGAACCUCCUUUUUGAAGAGUAUUCAAUUCCUACCAUAAACCUACUUUUACUGCCCCACUGUGUUCCUUUGUUUGUUCGUUUCGUCUUAUGUGUUGGCUUUGUGGGCGCGUGUGUGUUGUUCGUUUUGUCCUUAUGUGUUGGCUUUGUGUGUGUGUGUGUGUGUGUGUGUGGUGCACGCGUCUGCGUGCUGGGGGUUUCGUUUUGAGGAGGCUACGUUUUUGGUGCGUGG